AUGAGAUUAGGGUUUGAAAUAGUCCCAAAUUGAGCUACUUGCCAUACUUUACAGAGAACUCGGAUCACUCCUCAAUUCGGAAGUUCCCAUUAACUUUGGGUUCCACGUGGAAUGCGGGGAAGAGUGUGAAUUGAAGAGACCUGGUGAAUGCAGCAAGCAGGCGCGGAUCUCUUGUCAUCCGGAAAGCGGCGUCCCUUCUGGCUCCCAUUGCGGGCUCAGAUAUGUAGAAGUGAAUGCUCGCGAUGCUUCCCGCUCCAGAAUCGCCAGAGUCGUCGGAGGAUUUGAAACGGUUCCCGGUGCUUUCCCGUGGACCGCCGCGUUGAGAAUGAAAUCUGUGAGAACGGAAGUAGGAGAUUAGCUUGUCAAAGAAGAUUUCAGACGAAAGCUCAUCACUGUGGUGCAUCGAUUCUGGAUAGAACACAUCUGAUUACCGCGGCGCAUUGUUUCGAGUGAGUUCAGAAGACAGUUGAAACGGGAGGAAAUGAACAAUUUGCAGAGAAGAUGAAAGAGUUGGCUCAUAUGAAGUGGUAGUUGGCGAGUGGGACAACAAUCAGACGGAGGGGAACGAGCAGGUGUUCGAUCUGCAGAGGAUUCACUUCUACCCGCUUUACAAAGGUUCAGUCUAGGAGUAGGAUAGUUCAAAAGACAGCAGCAUUUCAGAUAUAUUCUCGCACGACAUCGCCAUCCUCGAAAUCUCUUCUCCUGGCAUUCAUUUCGACGAAUACGCCCAGCCGAUUUGCCUGCCAACUAAAGAUUUCGUCUAUACUCCCGAGAGACAAUGCGUCGUGUCGGGAUGGGGAAGCAUGGGACUCCGUGAGUUCGGCCGCUUCCUAUUUCCCUUAACUCCACACUUCCACAGAUUAUGCCCAACGUCUCCAAGCAGCUCUCAUCCCGAUAAUAGACCGAUCUGAAUGCGUGAACUCCUCUCAAAUAUACAGUUCCAUGUCGAGAUCUGCAUUCUGUGCUGGUUUCUUGGAAGGUGGCAUAGACUCGUGCCAAGGAGAUUCCGGCGGUCCGUUCGCCUGUCGUCGUCCGGACGGUGCUUUUGUGCUGGCCGGAGUCAUCAGUUGGGGAGAUGGGUGUGCGCAGAAGAAGCAGCCGGGAAUCUACACGAUGGUUGCUCCGUACCUCACUUGGAUCAAUAAGAUUAUCUCUUCUGGCGCUUUCUGA